UUUUUUCAACCACAACCCACCUUUUUUCAAAGCUUCAUUCAUUCCAAGAGAGUGUGAAGAGUAAGUAUGGCGGACUGGGGACCGGUGGUGAUAGCGGUGGUGCUAUUUGUGUUGUUAAGUCCAGGAUUGUUGUUUCAGUUGCCAGGGAGGAACAAAGUGGUGGAGUUUGGGAACAUGCAAACCAGUGGGAUUUCCAUUCUCGUCCAUGCUAUUAUCUUCUUUGGACUCAUUACUAUCUUCCUCAUCGCCAUAGGUGUUCACAUCUACACUGGAUAGCCUGCUACCCUUACUAUUGUGUUUUGUAAGAUUUAGUCCUUUUUUUUUCUUUUAUUACCCUUCUGAUUGGUUAAUGUAUUUCUCCAGGGCGAAGUGUUUGGUUUUGGAUUGUUAUCUUGUUGGCCUUAAUGCAGUUGUAGAAUAAUAGAAAUGAUUGGUGAAAUAGCAAAUUUGUGCUUUUAUUUGUA